UGCAAGUAAAAUUUGGUGUACUGCAUGUUCUCUGCAUCCGUAUCCACCAUCAGUUUCUCUGCUUCACAACUCAAACUCCAAGAAGAAUGGAAUUACAGAGAAAGUACUGCAGCAAUCUUUUCUUUUUUCUUCUUCUUCUUCAUUCAUUCUUCUUCUCAGGAUCUGUUGAUGCUUACAAGAACUACACAGUAGGAGACUCUUUGGGUUGGUAUGAUAACCUCCAAAACCCCAAACUUAAUUACCAGAAAUGGGUUGCUGCCAAGAACUUCAGCUUGGGAGAUUUUCUCAUUUUCAACACUGACACUAACCACUCGGUUGUGCAAACAUACAACUUGACGACAUACAAGCUGUGCGAUUACGACGAUGCUCAAGAAAACGACACGAUCCAAUGGUCGUCGGCAGACCCAUCAAACACGGCCCCACAUCCAGUCUCCGUGGAAGUGCCUUUGCUGAAAGAGGGCAUGUCGUAUUUCUUUUCGGGCGAUUACGACGGCGAGCAAUGCAAGAAUGGCCAGCACUUUAAGAUCAACGUCUCUCAUGGCCAAGGCCUGCCCAAGAGCUUACAAGACCCGGCCGCACAGAAUCAGUCCCCAGGUCCAGCAAGCGGACCCCAGUCUGGCAACGACGAGGAUUCGGUCCCGGAUACAAUCGUUCCUUCCAAUUUCGAUCACCCCCACGAGGACGACACAGAGGAGAAAAACCCAUCUGGGUCGGUUGCUUUAUCAAUUUAUGUGACGCAAGGAAUGGUAGUUCCGUUUUUUAUUUUAUUAAUGCGUUUUUAUAUAUUUUGAUUAUUAUUUUUUACAUUUUCAAGUUAUUUAAUUUAUUUAAUUUUUUUUAAGUGAUUAGUUUUGAGUUUUUCUCGUCAAAUAGACUAUAUAUCGGUAUUUGUAUAAUACGUCAUAUAAAAAUGGGCUUUUUACUAAAAAUCUAUUUUAAUUUGGUGUGUGUUCGCUGUACGUGGUUUGCUUACUUGUUUAGGCAUUGGUUGAUUGUAUUGUAACAAGUUAAUAAAAAUAAUUGAAGUGUUGGCU